CACAUAUCCUUUCGUAUACAAAAGCGCUGCCAAUCCCACCAACAUUCGAUCUUCGUAGUCAGCCAUGGACAUUGCGGCCCCCACGUUCCCGUCGUCCCACAACUGAUUUCGCCCACCUCCGAUGGCUGCCGCAGCUCUCUCCCUCCUCCCCUCCUCCUCCUCCUCUCCCCACCUCCUCUUCCCGCCCUCUUCUUCUUCUUCUUCGUCCUCCUCCGCUUCCUCUUCUUCUUUGUUUGUAUCGGGUGGGACCCAUUUGAGGACCCACGUCUGUCUUAGUUCUUCGCCAUUGUCAUCUUCUUCGUCCACUUCUUCUCCAUGGAAAUUCAGCACGAAACGCAGCGUUGGGAGAGUAUAUGCUGCUUCUGGCGAUUACUAUGCCAGUCUUGGGGUUCCCAAAUCUGCCACCAGCAAGGAAAUCAAAGUCGCUUAUAGACGUUUGGCUCGCCAGUACCACCCUGAUGUCAACAAGCAACCAGGAGCAACCGAAAAGUUUAAAGAAAUCAGUGCUGCAUAUGAGGUGCUAUCAGAUGAUAAGAAGCGAACUUUAUAUGAUCAAUAUGGUGAAGCUGGAGUUAAGAGUGCUGUAGGGGGAGGUUCAAGUGCCUAUACGACAAAUCCUUUUGAUUUAUUUGAGACUUUUUUUGGGUCGAGUAUGGGUGGAUUCUCUGAUAUGGAUUCUGCUUUUGGAACACGCCGUCGUAGCACUGUUACAAAGGGUGAAGACAUCCGUUAUGACAUCACUUUAGAAUUUUCUGAGGCUAUAUUUGGAGUGGAAAAAGAAUUUGAACUUUCCCAUCUGGACACUUGUGAAAUUUGCACUGGAACUGGUGGUAAAAUAGGCUCUAAAAUGCGGAUUUGUUCUACUUGUGGUGGGAGGGGUCAGGUUAUGAGAACAGAGCAGACACCUUUUGGCCUGUUUUCCCAGGCUUCCUUAUGUCCAAAUUGUAGUGGAGAUGGUGAAGUCAUUUCUGAAUACUGUCGGAAGUGCUCUGGUGAAGGACGUGUCCGUGCUAAGAAAAGUAUUAAAGUUAAAGUUCCUCCUGGUGUUAGCACAGGAAGCAUUCUGAGAGUUGCUGGAGAGGGAGAUGCCGGGCCGAAAGGGGGCCCUCCGGGGGAUCUAUAUGUAUAUCUUGAUGUUGAAGAAAUAGAAGGAAUUCAAAGAGACGGGAUAAAUCUCUCAUCAACUGUUUCUAUCAGCUAUCUGGAUGCCAUAUUGGGGGCUGUUGUUAAGGUAAAUACAGUUGAAGGAAUUACCACACUACAAAUCCCACCAGGUACCCAACCUGGGGAUAUUCUUGUCUUAGCAAAAAAAGGAGUACCAAAGUUGAACAAAUCAUCAAUACGUGGCGACCACAUAUUUACAAUUAAAGUAACAAUACCAAAUCGUAUCAGUUCCAACGAGCGUGAAUUGCUGGAAGAGCUUGCUUCACUGAGUAAUACUACCACCAGACGUUCAUGCACUCGCCCUAAAUUGCAGCCAGCUACAACUAGUAUGGAAACUGAGGUGGGAACGGUUGGGGAGAAAACAGAGGAAGGAGAUGAUCAAGAUGACCCAUGGAAGAAGUUAAAAGACUUUGCAGGGUCUGUUGCAAAUGGUGCCCUAAAAUGGCUGAGAGACAACCUCUAGGCUGGUGUGUUUAGGAGGUCUACUCCAAACUUACACUCGAUGUUGGCUAAAAUUCAGCUGUAGAUUUGUUUUUUUCUUCCUCCCAUAAGGGGUAUUGGACGAGCCAUGCAGUCAAAUGAUUCCACUGUCUUACAGAAAUUAACUUGCCAGCGCUGCAGUGAAGAUCUUGAAUUAUGCUGUAGCCAACAUUAUUUUGUAGUUUAAAAUUUGUCAAAUGAUACAGAAUCACCUGCUGCAAGCACAAACUGAUUUGUAUCAUCUAGCAGGCUAGAGGGGGCAUCAAAUUCUUGUUAGUGUAUAUCUCAAUUUCAGAUUGAAUUUCUUGUGAUAGUUGUUGGUUGUCAAGAGUAUUUACUAUUAGUCGGUGACGUUUUUGUAAACGUAUAAUUGGGUUGUGAGGAAGUACUGACGACUUGAUAUUUAGUUAGCAUCAGUAGCCGAAUCAUGCGAAGAAAUCGCUGGCUUCUGUCAUUACCUUAAUCUCAUUAAUUUCUUUCA